CACACACUCACACAUACUCCGUGGCCAUUAACAAAGCAGCCGUGCGUAAAAUAACCAGAUUUUCUCUAGCUUCACUGCUUCUUUCUUUUUUCGCUCUCUUGAUCUCCCCCACCUCCUCUUCUCUCUUCCUUCCUUCCGGGCCUCAAAUCCCUGCCCCAAACACACGGCCCUGCAUCCCCUCACUUGAGCGUAAUUACACACACAGCUAGCCAGCUCCUGCGUUCUGUCCUCCAUUUGGGAACAAAGGUAUAAAUUAUAGCGGCUUAGAUCCUAGUGGUAAUGGGAGGUGGGUGGGUGCACACGUGUCGUCCAGAGGAAGGGGGAGAUCACUCACUUUUUUCAGGUGCCUAGUUUGGUUGUGACUUGCAAGCUGCCGUUGCAGUUAGUUUUUUGGCUCGGUUAUGUUUGUCUGUCUGUGUCUCAGAGGAAACAUGGUGUUGUUGACAUGGCACAGCCUGUAGUAAAGCCUGGAGGCUACAGACAGUUUAGCUGCCAAACUGUCGAAGGCACAGACACGACUGCAAUGAGUUGCUGUUGGCUAAUCUUUCUGCCUUCUUCCUUCCUUCCCUGCAAACUUAACACCACAUAAACCAAGUGAUCUUCAGCUUUUGGAUCAACUGCAUUCCACUUGUGUUGAGACUCAUACAAACUCAUAAAUACUACAAAUGAUAAAACUGAUCAUGGAAAACUCUCAUAACUGGCUCAGAAAUGUGGAUAGUCUCAUGCAAACUGUUCGCCACAUUCCUCUGAUUGCAAACAUUAUAAUUAACAUGACAAAUAUUUAGAGCAUGAACAAGAAAAGGUGUGCCAGUCCACUCACGCCACAAGGACUCAUCCACCCGAUGAUAAAUUUAGAUGGGUCAAAAACAUCAAAAAUAUAUUUUUUAUUGACUUUUCUUAAUUUUACUACAGGAAUUGAUUAAGAAGGAAGAUAUGAGAACUGUUUUUACUGGAAUGAGUGUGAGUUCUCAUAUUUUUCUAAUAUUUUGUGUUUGGGUUUCUGUUGAACGAAGGCCCAUGUCUAAUGCACUACAGUGAAUACCUUUGUGAUGCUGCUGAGUGCCAGAGAGGCCAUUCAAUUGCAGCAACUUGGCAGUGAUGUUCUGUGGUUUCGGCUUGGCUGAACGAGUGGCCUCGAUAAUUGUGGUUUGACAGAUCUGCAGUCAGUGUGAAUUUCUGACCCUGGCUGGUGAGCGCCAGUUCAUUUGUCAACUCUGCUACAACUAUUGCUUUAAAACGGCUCGGCUAUUACUUGUGAUUUUCAAGGUGAGGUAAAAGUUGUUGACUGUUAAAUUUUGUUUUAUGUGCCUCGAAUGCUUUCUGUAGCAGUAACAGAGCUAAACUCUUUUUGUACUCUGUCUGCUUGUUGAAGGGAAACUGCUGCCACUUCAAGGUCAGAGUCCUGUUCAAGAAUCUCAAGUUUUAUUUUGGGACACAGUUUGCUUGCAGUGGCAACACACAAACACAAAGGAAAAUCUGUUUCCCACUAACAUUAAACCCAUCAGCUGCCCUCAACUGUGUUUCAUCCCUUCCUGGUAACAGUUUCAUUGUGGAUUGAUCAUUUUGUUGGGAAAAGGAGGCAUUUGAUGAUUAAAACUUACAAGAAAAACUUACUCAGGAGCUACAUCACCAUAAGUUGUGGCAUAUUGUAAAUAUAUUUACCAUUUAAAAAGCUUUUUUUAUCUCUAAUAAUUGUUCAAAACUGUUUCAAUCUUCUCCCAUGACUUUAUCAGUUUACUUAGUUAAGGAUGCCCCAUUACUCUUAAUUGUAACUGUAUUCGAUACAAAUUUAUAUAAUUGCCUGUUAUGUUGCUGUGUGGGGUGAUGGCAGCUACCUGCAGAAAUAAUAUUUUUAGUUCUUAACACAGAGUACAAAAUGCUGUAACAUAAAUUUGCACAAUGUAUUUUCUUUUGUAACAAAAAGAAAGUCAUAAUGGGCAAUCAGGCAGGGUACACCCUGGACAGGGAGCCAGUCCAUCGCAGGGCAACACAGAGACACACAGGACAAUUAUGCGCACACACACACACACACACACACACACACACACACACACCAAGGACAAUUUAGACAGACCAAUUAACCUAACAGUCAUGUUUUUGGACUGUGGGAGGAAGCCGGAGUACCCGGAGAGAACCCAUGCAUGCACAGAGAGAACAUGCAAACUCCAUGCAGAAAGACCCCAGGCCGGGAAGCGAACCCAGGACCUUCUCGCUGCAAGGCAACAGCUCUAGCCACUGCGCAGCCCUGAAAGAGCAGUCAUUUCAGUUUUAAUUAUGUGGCCACUGAUUUGCAGAUUUCUUAUUUAAUCAGUUCUUAACUACACACUUUUAAUACAUAAAUGGCUGCAGGCCAUACAUUUGGUUAGAAUGGAAUGUUUUCUCCAGGUCAGGGAUGAGGUCCUGCUUCAAGUGGAGGAGUUUUAAGUAUCUUGGUGUUUUGUUUACUAAUGAUAGAAAACGCAGCGCUAGAAUUAAUGGUUGUAUUGGUGCUGCGUCUGCAGUGAUGCAGGCAUUGUACCAGUCUGUUGAGGUGAAUAGGGAGCUGAACCAAAAGCAGAACCUCUCAAUUUACCGGGCAAUCUAUGUUCCAACACUCAUCUCUGGUCACAAGUUUUGGGUAGCGAUGGAAAAAAUGAAAUUGCGAUACAAGUGACUGAAAUUUGUUUUCUUCCUAAAGUCCCAUCCUAGACAAAUCUCUUGUGGUGAACAGAGUAGUGGAAACAACGGUGAACGUGAACAUGAUUAACACAUCUGUGACUGGCCCAGUGACGCCACUUUCACAACCAAAUUUAUCCUCCCAACAGUCCUUGAGCAGUGUCAGAAAACCCAUGACUCUAGUCUAGUCUUGGGAGAUGGGACAAAUGAAUCAACCGUCGGCGAUGGGCUGAGAUGGUAUGGUUGUUUUUUACAGGAGGCGAUUUGUUUGUUUGCCCGUGAGUUAGUUUGUUAAUGACAAAUAUUUUACACGUUAUGAACAGAGAACAUCAUGAAGGUAACGAUCAGUAAAAGAUCUGGAACAGCGCAUCUGAGCAUUUUCUCGCCUUCUCCGCCUCCCACUGCUGACAAUGCUGAGGAGGGGCUCGGAGAAAGUCUGUGACGCACUCGACAUUGUGCACAGCACCGAGGUGUUGAGUGGAAAGUAGAAACCUUCCAUCUUUCAGAGUCUGGAAUACUUCUGGUUAUUUCAUUUGGUUCGGUUGUGCUUUAUUUGAGUGCUGUCCUGAUUUUAAAACUUUGGCUUAAGUAGCGCUCAUUAGGGCUGCAACAACGAAUCGAUAAAUUCGAUGAAAAUCGAUUACUAAAAGCGUUGGCAACGAAUUGCGUCAUCGAUUCGUUGUGUCGCACAACUCUUCCAAACACCCCCUUCCCGCCCGCCGUUGCGCGCAGACCAGAGCAAGUCAGAUCAGGGCGAGGGAGAGCCCGCAGAUCAGCGCGAGGGAGAGCUGGCAGAUCAGCGCGAGGGAGAGCCGGCAGAUCAGCGCGAGGGAGAGCCGCAGAUCAGCGCGAGAGAGAGCCAGUACCGGCAGAUCAGCGCGAGGGAGAGCCUGCAGACUUGCGCUGCUGCGAACCGGUUCCGCAUUAUUGCGCAGCGAUCCAGGCAGCUGCUUCCAGCGCACGGUCCAUUCUCAAAGUGGCGCAACCAAAAAAACUAUAAUUAGCACACGAUCGUUCUUGUCUGCACAUGUUCUCUAUUUUCUGUCUUAUUUGUGCCUGAAGCGCGCUACUGCGGAGCUCAUCACCUGUGCUGUGGUGAUGUCACCUCACGCAGCAUCGAAAACGCGCUCUGCGCUUUGUGGUCAGGAGAUCUCUUUGAUCUGCUCAAAAGUAACUGAUGAGGUGAAAAGGUAAGAAUCCAGGCAACAUAUUUUCUGGAGAAUUAUGAGGAGAUGCAGGAAGAUGAGAGACAGACAGGACAGGAAAAUAGUUAAAUAAAAACAAGAAAACAAAGUAAAAUGUAGGUAGAUUUAUCUCCACUACACGUUUUUACCAGUAAAAAACAAGUUAUACACAUGUCAUAUUUAUACAUCUGAUACAAUUCAGAUCACCUUCAAAACUCAGUCACACACCCAGGGCCGUUUCAAGACAUUUUGGGGGCCAAGGCAAAAUGCCCCCCCCCCAUAACUGGGCUCCCCAGAAGCCUCUGUGUAAUUCAUACCUUCUCCAGGAGUGUUAGUUAAACAGUGUUUAUAAAAGCUCCUCAGACAUUACUGACAUGUUCUAAUAUUAUCAGAUGAAAAACUAAAUUAUCAGACAUGCUGUCUCAUCUGCUUCUUUUCUAAACUUGCAAAAAGUAACAAAACCAUUUGAAAGCCACUAUUUGUGGAUUCUCUGAAAGUUUCCAUGGAGUGUGUGACAACUUAUUUUAUCAUUGAUCCUAUCAUCUAAUCUCACAGCUGAAACAAGCAUCCUUAAUAAUCUGUGCACAGGAAGCUUACCGAUGCUGUAGUAAAACAAAAGGUAUAAUAAUUUGUUAUUAAUAAAACCUUGUUGCAGCACUAAAGCAGAAAAAUUAGAUUUAGCAUUAAAUAUGCAAAAUAUUUACAUAUGAAUUGUUUUAGAGCCCUUUUAUUGGCAGAAUCUGAUAUUAAUUUAAUUCUUACAAAAAAUGGGUCCCAACAUGGUUUGUGUGGCGUUGCCAUAGUGUGACGUCAUAGGCACAGAUCCCCUGUCCUCUUGUUUGGAAAUGGAAAUAUGAUCACCCUAUGUUAAACAAACUGUCCACCCGGGCUUUUGCGCUGCACAGAGACGCUUCGUUGCCUAUACUGAACGUCAGUUGAGAGUCAGUCUCAUGCAGACUGACCAAUGAAGAGAGGGCCUCAAGUUAAGACCCUCUCCUCAUUGGUCAGUCCACACGAGGUGGGUCAAAGGUUACUCUGGGCGGGUUAUGUGUUGUCAGGCAUUCAAGUAUUGAGUAUAUUUACUGCAUAUUACAGUAAAAUAUUCUGUAUGUGACCACAUUAUGGUGAUCCUCGGGUCGUGAUGAUGGAGCCCUUGAAUAUUGUUGCCCAGGGUACAACAAAGUGUUAAUCUGGCCCUGGUUCCGCCGUCACAUUCCCGCAGAAACUGGUUGAUCACACGGGGGCCAGACUACUAGCAUGUGGUUUUACAACCACAAUGUCCUCGGAAGCAAAAAAUGCUUUUAAAAGGGAGGGAGGAGUCCUAACUGUUGCUGCAGGCGUGUUGUGUGAGAGUGCAGUUAUAUACUGGUUAAUAUAUUUUUGGGUUCAGUUGCUUUCAUGUGGCCUAAUGUGAGUCUAUUUGGGAUCAUUGGAAUGAUCAGCAGCAUUUCUUGAUGUGACUUUAUGGCAGUUGCCCAGGGCAUCAUCGCAAGGAGGAUGGCAUUCAUUUACUUUUGUUUUAUUUGGUAUUUUUUAAGUCAUUUUUGGAAAUAGUGAUCAAUUUUGAUUAAUUCACAGCCUAUGUUUAAUUACAUUUAAAAUAAAUGUCAACAGAUGAGAUCAAACAAAACAGAUGAGAAUUGCCCUUAAGCUGUUUAACUUGGACAAAGCAUUUUAGGUCACAGAUAGGUGUAGCUUAGGGUCUCUAUCUAUACACCUUAUAAGACAAUUUAGGUGAUGGCAUGUUGUUUUUCUGCUAAUGAACUGUUUUCUAAUAAUGUUGUGUUAAAUAAAGUGAAGGAAGGAGAGAAAUAACGUUUCCCUAGCAGUUUUAAAAAAUUUCCCCAUGUAACCCGAUUAAUCGAUUAAUCGUGUCGAGACCCCAUCCGAUUAAUCGAUUAUCCAAAUAAUCGUUUGUUGCAGCCCUAGCGCUCAUUAUUCAGCACCCGCUUCGAGUGUGUCAGCGGAGUGUAGAUUCCAGAACAACAUUUAAACAUCAUCAAGUAUGAGGCAUAAAUACAGAAUCUCAUAUCCUCUGCAGCAAGCUGCUUAGAGACAUUUUAUUGCGCACAUGCGUGGAGGCUGCACACAUGAACAUGUGGACCAUUCCUUUUUUUAGGAAUGGUCCAAAUAGUGUAUGCUUUUUUGGAAAAUAUGCUCAUUCUGUUGGCGUGUCCUGCUAGAGCGACACGUUGUGCAGUUUGACUCACUGAAAUCUUGCUCUGUACACUGUAGCAUGUCCAGCUGUGAGAAGACCUGAAGGAAGAGCGGGGACACACUGGAUAGGCUAAGAUUCUUGGCUGGCCUGGGAUUACUUUAUGAUUUCCCUGGAGAGUGGCUGGGAAGUGGAAAGUCUGGGCCUCUUUGCUUAGACUGCUGCCCCUGUGACCCAACCCUGGUGAAAAACAGAAAAAAGUGAAAUUUGGGGAAAAAAGAUUAUUUCCUAGAACCUUAGUAUAAUUUCCAGCAUUACCAAUUUAAUAUCAACAAAAAGAUUUGAGUUAGUUAUAUUGUUAAAUUUAUUGUGAUCUUCAUAAUACUCAUAAUAUAUCUGAACCAUACCUCUCGCCCCUAGUCAGUUGCAUCAAUUUGUGGGUCUCGUAAAUGCGGCAAGGAACAAAGGGGAAAGGUGAUAAAACUCGAUUCUGAUGUGCUUAGCCUCGUAGUAAUUUUGCCGCAUGCGCCCCUCGCCUCUGACUGCUAAACGCAUGUCAGCCCCGCUAAUCCAUUUGGAGCGACUGUGGGAGGGCCCCCGCCAAAGAGGGUGGUUGCGUUAAUGACGUAUACUGUGCGCCGAGUUCCGGCCGGAAAGGAUAUAAACACAGAUAAACAUGCCCCCUCACUAGUAUUUUUCAACCAUCUACAACAUGGCAAGCUGGACGGACGCAGAGACCAUGGAGCUUUUGACCAUGCGAGCGGACGAACAGAUUAGUCGCCUUUUUACAGGGACGGUGAGACAGCCAGCUGUUCGACAGAGUGGUGAAAACACUGGCUGAGCGGGGCGUCAAGCGAGACAAAAAGCAGGUCACAUCAAAGCUAAAGGGCCUGAAAAAGAAAUUCCUUCAUUCUGACAUGUCUUCCGUCUGACGCUCCGUCACAUGUGGAAGGGCUGCCCAGCGACCUCCCUUUAUCCCGUCUUGGUUUGAGAGGUGCCUGAUGGCAGUUUAUUCUAGCUUCAGCUUUGCUAUUAUAAAUGCCAAAAUCCUCCCCAAAUCCCGUUUUACAAACGCGAUGGUCCUGUAAAAACGGCUAAAGUAACAAGUAGGGUUGUCACGGUGUGAAAACGUUACCUCACGGUUAUUGUGACCAAAAUUAUCUCGGUUUUCGGUAUUAUCGCUGUAUUUUUUAAACGUGCUACAUUUUCAGACGACUAAAUAAACCCUGAGGAAAAAUAUAAGGAAAAUAUUGUCCUCAGUUUGUGUCUAAAUGUUGCCUAAAAUGUGUUAUUUUGUAAUUAUGUUUUUAUUUGUUUACAUUUUUUCCCUUUACUCUUUAAAAUACCAAUAUUUACCCAUAACUUCUUAUUUUUUGUCUGUUUGAUGUCAUCAUUUUAAAAGUAUUAGAUCAGAUGAUACUCAGUACUCAAGUAGCCUUCUAAUCUGAUACUUUUUUUUUUACCCUUACUUGAGUAAUAAACCCUAUAUCAGGAAAAUAUUGUCCCGGUUUGUGUCCUUCCAGUGAGCUUUGCAGAUUUGGGAAAAUGUCAUCAGGCAGUAAUCAUUGUUAAAUUCAUAAUUAUUCUAGGAGAAAGACCAACUCUUAUCUGCCCAUGGGAGCCCCAUAAUGCAUAGCGUCAUUUCAACAUGGGGGUGUCCUUGACAUGGUUUAUAUGCAGGUAGCGGCGCUGCGGCUGCUUUAUAUAGCGACUCGUUGCGUUCUCCCUCAACCCAAAUCCUCGGAUCACGCAUUUUUAGCUAAAACGCUAACGUUAGCUUGCCUUGCGUUGACUGUAGAGUUGUGGGUGAUGGUCACACAGAUGUGUCAUGAGAUUUGAAGCAUUGCUGCCUUUCACAGACACGUUUUUCUGCAUGUGCUGCAAACAGGAUAGCCGUCUUCUAUCAACUGUCCCUCGGCAUUUUUCAAAUAUCCAAAAAAUGCCUGUACUUCCCACUUUGUCUUCUUUGAGGGAUAAUAAAUGUGAAAUGUCCUGCGUGCUUCCGUCUCCUCCUUUGGCCAUUAUUUCAGCUUUAGCUUCAAGAAAGUUUUGGCUGUAAACAACAAAGUGCGCAUGUGCCGCCGGCAACUUCAGCAGAUGAUACGGUGGCUGGUAUGGGUCACCGUGCCUACAUCGCAGCCACAGUAAUCCACCGAGAUAAUAUAUAUUUUUAAAAUCAAGACGGUUAUUAUUAUUGUCUACUUUUUUACCGGGGUUUACCGCUACACCGGUUACCGUGACAACCCUAGUAACAAGUCAGAAGCUUGAGGGUCCAGCAGUUAAAUUCGAAUAAAUUGGAAAAAAAAGUUUGGUCCUCAAAGCGGCGAGCGGUGUGUUCUAUGCAUGGAAAGCUGUAAGAUCAUAUCAAGCAUACUCUGAAUUUUUCAAGCCAAUUUUCUUACACUAGAACUCAGUUUGGAAGUUUGUGGGUCACCUUUUAUUUAUUAAUCUUUUAUUAUUUACACAUUGGGAAGUCCAGAUAAAGCCAUGCAAUCUUACAGUAUAAGAUUGUUAAGGAUUAUGAAGUGAUGAUGAUCUACCAAAGCUUGGAGAUGGUAGAACCAUCUAUUUGGCGUUCUACGACCUGUGCCAUUAUUUCUAGAUGCAUCUAUGGGCACACAUUUUUUUUCUCAGCCGAGUAACUCUAUUUGCUGUCUGUUUCUGUCAACACAACAGAUGCACCAAUGAACUAAUCAGAGCAAGUUUAAGGCAGCAUGUUGGUUUGUUAACUCAUUCACUGCCAGUAUUUUCACAGUUUUUUUUAAGAGUCACAGAACGUUUCGCUGUAUGAAUAUGUCAACGUCAAAACUACCAAAACAAACUCAAGAAUCCACGCAUUUCAAGCGUUAUCCGUUCUUUUAUAAUCUGUUGUUGAAUUGUGAUCGGCAGAAGCUUUUCCGGUUCGCACCUCACUUUAUUUAUUUUUUUUUUUUUACAGUAAAACGAUCUAACACAUGGAUUUUCUGCUUCCUGAUCAAAUGAUGUGGGAGGUACGCAGAUGAUCGGCUUUAGAGCUGGAACCUUAAUGAGGACCAUGGCAUUGAAAGCUUCAAAUUAGUGGCUAUCUGAUUAGCUCCUAACUGCACAACACCCCCCCCCCCCCCAUCUGUGGGCCCACCACCCUGCCAUGGCGGACCCAGGGAUGUUGAGCUUGUUUGGGGAUGAUGCAGGGUUGUUCUCAGAUGGAUUAGACAGUUUAGGAGACUGCUUUCCUCAGCAGUCAGCCCCUGGUCAAACCAACCCUUUGGCUCAACAGACCAGUUCUUCACUGACCCAUGAGCACCCGGGAACUAGGAGUUACCACCAAGGGAUGCUACAUGGUACAGGGCCUGGACCAGGGCAGUCCAAAUUGGGGCAAAUGUAUGAGCAUGGUUCCUACGGUGGUUAUGAUCAACCUGGAGCCCCUGGAGGGCGAAUGAUGGCCCAGAAUGGUCCUAGUCAGGGGCCACAGAAUGUGAACACAGCUAUGAAUGGUAUGGCCUCCCACUAUAACCCAAAUAACUCUAGCAACCCCCAUCAUGGCUAUCAGGGUGAUGCUGGGGGAGGAAGUGGGGCUGGAGUUUGGACUCAGCAGCAGAGCAGAACAGUGUAUCAACAGGCAUCUGCACCAUCAGGGGGUGGCCCCAACCAGAUGGGAGGCUACCAGAUGUCUCAAGGCAAUUAUUCUGGGAUGCAAGGUCCACCCGCGACAAGUGCAGCUCACAUGAACCAACACUACCCUUCACAAAAUGUGGUGCCCCCUCCAGCUCAGGACCCAUCUCACUACUUAGGACAUGUUGGGAUGGGUGGGGUCCAGAUGAGACAGCCUCAGCCACAACCACAGGGCUAUCCCAACAUGGGCCACACGCCUCGAUACCCACACUCCCCCUCACGACAACCUCCACACACCCACCAGCACCAACAGGGCAUGGCACCAUUUGGGGGUGCUCAGUACCCUGGUUACCAGGCCCAGUAUGCUGCUAUGGGACCUGGGAUGGGCCAGGGGGCUAAUGCUAAUGUCAGCGCUAACACCAGCCAGGCCAUGGGAUCAGGGCAGCUUGGCCAGCGGUUUAGCCAGGGAACGAGUUCAGCACCAGGGCAACAAGGACAGCGAUACCCCCCUGGACCGCAACACCAACCUCAGCCCCAUCAGACCCACUCUGCCUCCAUGCAGCAGGGCCAGACUAUGCACCCCUUAAACCACCCCCAGAGCCUGCCACAGCCACAAAACCAGCCCCAGUCCCACCUUGCCCCCCCAACUCAGGGAUCUUACCCCUCCCCUUCCUCUAUGUCCCCAAUGCGGGUUUUGGGAACUCCAACUCCUCCUCCACAGGGAAGACCUCCUAGUGCAGGAUUAGCUGGGUCAGAGGUUGCAGGAUACACAGCCCUCCAGUCUCCACCCAGUGCUUUGGCCCAUGCACAGAGAACCCCCCAAACCCCACUAACUGCCACACACCCCCAACACCAGCAGACCCACAACAUGCCUCCCAGUGCAGGUCCAGUGUAUCCUGGCAUGGGACCACAGCGUGGUCCUCAAAUGGGACCAAACAGGCUUCAGCAGCAGCCAGGUCCUCUUGAAGCCUCAGUCACCCAGGGAGGGGACCAGCGGCUGCUCCAGACCCAGCAGCAGACCUCUCGAGGUGGACAGCCUAUGCAGCCUGCUCCCUUGGGUUUCCAGGGUCCACCUAUUGGUCAACAUGGAGCCUCUGCCCCCACCCAGGGCUUAGCUCCACCCACACAGAACACUCAAACUCAGCACACACAUUUGCCCCCACACCCCCACCACCUGCCGAGCACGCCCCCUUCCUCCAACCAGGCCUCCCACCCAUGGGCACCUCCACCUCCUGGCUCCCACCCCCUCUCCUCACCCCCUCUUACCCCACAGAAAGUGCCUCACAUACAGCAUUCCCCCUCAGACCUGUCAGGUGAUGCCUCCAGGAUGGUUCCUGACAGGCCAACAAUUGGCACCGGAGCCCCCGGCCAGCCUAUCAGCACAGAGAACCCUAGUGAUCAGGAGACCAAGCCAAAAAAGAAGAAGAAAAAGAAAGCAAAAGUAGUAGAUGAAGAGGGAGGCAAAAAAGCAACGAGGGAAGGAGGAGAUGACAACGUAAAGUUGGAGUUUCUUGGAGCAGGAAGUGACAUUGGUGAACAGGUUACUGGCACAGGAAUUGUUGAAGGAAGUUCACCGCUGGUGGAAGGGAAGAAAAAGCGGAAAAAGAAACCAAAGGAGAAGACUGAGGGCAAGGAGCCCAAAGAGCCCAAAACCCCGAAGACACCCAAAACACCCAAGACUCCCAAAGAGCCCAAGGAGAAGAAAGCCAAGAGCACCACGCCCAAGGUCAAGACUCCUAAGAAAACCAGCAGUAAAAAGGUGGAAUCAGAGGGUGGGGCUAGCACCGCUAAGAAGGAUUCCAAGAGGAAGAGAGAGUUGUCGGGUGGCGACGAUGUGGAGGUGAAGUCUCCACUGCCCUCUCCUCCUGAAGAAGAGGAUGAUGAUGGCGUACAGAAGCGUCGUUCGAGUCGUCAGGUGAAGAGGAAGAGGUACACGGAAGAUCUAGAGUUUAGGAUCUCUGAGGACGAUGACAGCGGAGAUGACUCGCCAGCACCCAAAUCUCCAUCCUCCUUGCAACAACAGGAUGUGGCUGAGGCUGAAGGGCCUGUUGUGGAGAAGAUCAUGGGAAUGCGCACCUCUAAGAAACAGCUGGAGUCGGGGGAGGAAGUGGAGGUGGAGGAGUUCUACGUCAAGUUCAAGGGCUUUUCUUACCUCCACUGUCGCUGGGCAGAGCUGGAGGAGCUGGAGAAGGACAAGAGAAUUCACCAGAAGAUUAAGAGGUUUAGGGCCAAACAGCUACUUAACAACUUUAUAACUGAGAUGGAUGAUGAGCCUUUUAACCCGGACUAUGUAGAGGUGGACCGUGUCCUGGACGUUUCAGAGAGCACAGAUGAAAACGGAGAGGUGGUGACCUUAUAUUUGGUGAAAUGGUGCAGUUUGCCUUACGAAGACGCCACCUGGGAGCUGAAGGCAGACAUCGACCAAUCCAAGAUAGAUGAAUAUGAACGCAUCGCAGCACGCACACCCAACACUAACAGAGUGGAUCGGCCUUCUGCAGCUGACUGGAAAAAGCUGGAGAGCUCCAGAGAUUACAGGAACGGCAACGCACUCAGGGAAUACCAGCUCGAAGGCCUCAACUGGCUGACUUUCAACUGGUACAACUCACGGAACUGCAUCCUGGCUGAUGAAAUGGGGCUCGGGAAGACCAUCCAGUCCAUUACAUUCCUCUAUGAGAUAUACAUGAAGAACAUUGAGGGGCCGUUCCUGAUCAUCGCCCCGCUCUCCACCAUUCCCAACUGGGAGAGGGAGUUCAGGACCUGGACAGAGCUCAAUGUGGUGGUCUACCACGGCAGCCAGGCCAGCCGGAAAACCAUUCAGGCCUACGAGAUGCACUACAGAGAUGCACAGGGUAAGGUAAUAAAGGGCGUGUAUCGUUUCCAUGCCGUGAUAACGACAUUUGAGAUGAUUCUCGCCGACUGUCCGGAGCUUCGCAGCAUCCCAUGGCGCUGUGUGGUGAUCGACGAAGCCCAUCGUCUCAAAAACCGAAACUGCAAACUACUGGAGGGACUCAAAAUGAUGGAUAUGGAGCACAAAGUUCUGUUAACAGGAACUCCUCUUCAGAACACGGUGGAGGAGCUUUUUAGCUUACUUAACUUCCUGGAACCUGAGAGAUUCCCAUCUGAACAGACCUUCAUGACUGAAUUUGGAGACCUAAAGACUGAAGAGCAGGUCCAGAAACUGCAAGGCAUCCUGAAGCCCAUGAUGCUGAGAAGACUGAAGGAGGAUGUGGAAAAAAAUCUUGCCCCCAAGGAGGAGACCAUCAUCGAGGUGGAGCUGACAAAUAUCCAGAAGAAAUACUAUCGGGCCAUUUUGGAAAAGAAUUUCUCCUUCCUCUCCAAAGGAGGUGCAGGUGGAGGGGGAGGAGGAGGAGGAGGAGGGGGGGGAGCUAAUGUUCCUAACCUCCUCAACACCAUGAUGGAGCUAAGGAAAUGCUGCAAUCACCCCUACCUCAUUAACGGAGCGGAGGAGAAGAUCAUUGAGGAGUUCAGGGACUCUCACUUUGGUAGGACGGACUUUCCUGAGAUGGGUCUUCAAGCCAUGAUCCAGGCUGCCGGUAAACUGGUGCUGAUCGACAAGCUGCUGCCCAAACUGAAGGCCGGUGGACACCGAGUCCUGAUUUUCAGUCAGAUGGUUCGCUGUCUGGACAUUCUGGAGGAUUACCUCAUUCAGAAACGGUAUCCAUAUGAGCGGAUAGAUGGUAGAGUUCGUGGUAACCUGCGACAGGCGGCCAUUGAUCGCUUCUCCAGACCGGACUCGGACCGUUUCGUCUUCCUGUUGUGUACCAGAGCCGGUGGACUCGGCAUCAACCUGACUGCAGCAGAUACGUGUAUCAUUUUUGAUUCUGACUGGAAUCCUCAGAACGAUCUUCAGGCGCAGGCGAGGUGUCAUCGUAUCGGCCAGUCCAAGUCCGUCAAGAUCUACCGUCUGAUCACCAGGAACAGCUAUGAGAGGGAGAUGUUCGACAAGGCCAGUCUGAAGCUGGGGCUUGACAAGGCCGUUCUUCAGAGUAUGAGUGGACGAGAGAACGCAAACAGCGGGGUCCAGCAGUUGUCCAAGAAGGAGAUAGAGGACCUACUGAGAAAGGGAGCCUAUGGAGCUCUGAUGGAUGAGGAGGACGAAGGCUCCAAAUUCUGUGAGGAGGACAUCGACCAGAUCCUCCAGAGACGAACCCACACCAUCACUAUCGAGUCAGAGGGCAAAGGUUCCACGUUUGCUAAGGCCAGCUUUGUUGCAACAGGAAACCGAACAGACAUUUCUCUGGAGGAUCCAGACUUCUGGCAGAAAUGGGCCAAGAAGGCUGAGCUGGAUAUGGAUGCCAUCAAUGGACGGAACACGCUGGUCAUCGACACUCCGAGGGUGAGGAAACAGACGCGCCACUACAGCAGCGUCAAAGAGGAUGAAAUACUUGAGUUCUCCGAGCUGGAGAGCGACGAUGAUGAACCCAGCAAGCCCUCCACCAAACAGCGACGACCUCAGGACAAAACCCAGGGUUACCCUCGAUCCGAGUGCUUCAGAGUGGAGAAAAACCUGCUCGUCUACGGUUGGGGCAGGUGGAGUGACAUCCUGGCUCAUGGUCGCUUCAAGCGCCCGCUAAAGGAGGCGGAUGUGGAGAAAAUCUGCAGGGCUCUCCUGGCCUACUGCCUGCUGCAUUACCGUGGAGACGAGAACAUCAAAAGUUUCAUCUGGGACCUGAUCACCCCGACUGAAGACGGGACCACCAAGACGCUCACCAAUCACUCAGGUCUCUCCACACCUGUUCCCAGGGGCAGAAAGGGCAAGAAGGGGAAGCUGACGUCUCCAGUUCCACAGACUCCGCGAGCCGAUUGGCUGGCCAGCUGCAAUCCUGACCACUUACUGCAGGAGGACAGCUACAAGAGGCACCUGAAGCAUCACUGUAACAAGGUUCUGCUGAGAGUGAGAAUGCUGUAUUAUCUGCGACAGGAAGUCAUAGGCGACCAGGCCGAGCGCAUCCUGGAAGGAGCUGACUCCAGCAUGUUGGACGUCUGGAUUCCUCAGCCGUUCCAUGCUGAGGUCCCAGCUGACUGGUGGGACAGUGAGGCUGACAAGUCCCUGCUCAUUGGCGUCUUCAAACACGGCUAUGAGAAGUACAACUCCAUGCGCGCUGAUCCUGCCCUGUGUUUCCUGGAGAGAGUGGGCAUGCCAGACGCCAAAGCGAUCGCCGCUGAGCAGAGGGGCGCUGACAUGAUGGCAGAUGGUGUUGAAGGUGAGGAUGAAGAUCCAGAGUACAAACCGCUGCGGAUGCCUUUUAAGGACGACAUGGACGACUUUACCAACUCUCCACUGGAUGACAAAGAAGAUGCUGUGGAGGGUGAGACUGAAGUUAAAUCAGGCGAAAAUGGUCUAAGUGCACCAACAUUGGGCGGAGCUUCUGGCUCAAACGAGCGACUCUAUUGGCCAGCAGCCUCGGCCCUGACAGCUCGGCUGCGUCGUCUAAUCACGGCUUACCAACGCUCCAACCGCAGAGAGCAGCUCCGCCAGGAGGCACUCAGCAGACCCGAUGGUCGCCGCCGGCGACGUAGGGAGUUCCUGCCUUCCAUCGCCAUGGUUCCUGAAACCGGAGGUGGAGCAACGUUCAUCCAAGAUGGCUCAGGGAUGUUCAUAACAGAAGGAAGCCCAUAUUUGGCUAAAGGAGGUGCCUACUUUGCCAAGAGUGGUCAGUUCAUGCCAGAGGCUUCGCCGGUGAUGACCGCCAGUUCUCUGAUGUCUGAAGGAGUCAUGUAUUAUAAAGAGAGGAGACAAAGAUGGACACGUCGGGAGGAGGCUGAUUUCUAUCGAGUCAUCUCCACCUUUGGAGUCGUUUUUGACACCAAGCGUCAGAGGUUUGAUUGGACUCAGUUCAGAGCUUUCGCCCGACUGGACAAAAAAACUGACGAGAGUUUGGAGAAAUAUUACUACUCCUUCAUCGCCAUGUGUAAGCGGGUCUGCAGGAUGCAGGUCAAGACUGAAACAGAACUUCCAGACCCAACUCUGAUUAUUGACCCCAUCACAGAGGAGCGUGCCUCUCGCACGCUUUACCGCAUUGAACUUCUCCGCCGCAUCAGAGAGCAGGUCCUUCCUCACCCGCUGUUGACUGAGCGCCUCAAGCUCUGUCAACCCUCCCCAGACCUCCCAGAGUGGUGGGAGUGUGGGCGCCAUGAUCGCGACCUCCUCCUGGGGGCCUCCAAGCAUGGUGUGAGCCGUACAGAUUACCAUAUCCUAAAUGACCCAACGUUGGGCUUUCUGGAGGCCCACCAGCGUCACACCAGUCAGCGAGGGGCCAGCGUUGGCAUGGGAGCCAUGGGAGAGCCCAUCAGAGUUGGGUUGGCAUCUUUAGAAACCACCUCUGCUCCACUUCUCACUCCUGCAGAGCUAGCAAGUGCUGCAGCUGCUGCCAGAAUGGCUGUUGAUGCAGCUGAAGAGGAAGAGGAUGAUGUGAAGGAGGUGAAGCCAGAGGAGGGUAAACUACAAAUGGAGGUAAAGAUGGAAACAGCGGGAGAAGACACCAACAUCAUUCCAAGUACCAAGACUGAAACCCUUACUGAAGUAAAAGAGAACGAGGGAGGGGAUGGAGAAGUGACGGACAAGACUGUUGGAUCACCGAUUAAGGAGAUUAAAACAGAAGUCCUGCCAAAGGUAGAAGCUGAAGCAGAGGAGCAGAGUAAAGAAGACAAGAGCUUGAAUUUAACCAGUGACCAAAAUAAAGAGUUGACCGUGGAGAAAAGUAGCUCAUGUCCUAAAGAUUGUCUGAGCAUCCAGAAUGACACUGAAGUCGUGCCUCCAGGACUCCCAGACUCCUCUCCUGAUGCACAGCCGGGCCCCAAGACUGCAGAGGAAGAUGGAGAGGAGAGGGAAGCUCCAGAGUCUCUUAAAUCUCCAAAGUCUGCAGACACACUGAAGAGCCCAGAGGAGGAAGAGGAGGAGAGGCUGGAUGAGGACGACAAAUCGGAGAAAUCCUCUCAGGCUGAAGCGAGCACAGAGCAGAAGAACUUUGAUGAGGAGAGUAUUGCUUCUCUGAGCACAUCAGUUCGAGACGAGACCCGAGAUGGUUUCUGCGCUGACGACCUGACUGAAACAUCUGCUCUCCAGGCUCUGCAGGAACGAACCUACGGCUUCUCGUUCUGGCCUAAAGACCGAGUGAUGAUCAAUAGGUUGGAUAACAUCUGCGACGCAGUCUUGAAGGGCAAGUGGCCGGUCAACAGACGCCACAUCUUUGACUUCCCUAGCAACAUCUUACCGGGUCAUGGGUCCACAGCCACCACGGCGGCUGUAGCUAUGAUGAGCGAGAGCCCGCUGCAGAGGCGAAGCCUGGCCGAGCUGGCCAUGGCUGGUCUCCAUACGCCGUACAGUGGGAGUGAGGAUAAAACGCGGUCACUGCAGGAGGAGGCUCUGAGUUUGACGGUGCCUCGGCAGAGGAGGAGGAGACGGAAGAAGAUUGAGAUCGAGGCGGAGAGAGCGGCCAAGAGGCGUAACUUGAUGGAGAUGGUGGCUCAGCUGAGAGAAAGCCAUGCUGCUGCAGAAUCUCAGAAUCAGGCUAUAGACCUCACUAAGGGUGUGCACCAUCACCACAAGGCUUCUCCCACAUUGACGGGCUUCCCCAGUGCCUUGGUGACGACCCCCUCCCUCAAAGCCCAAAUGGAUUUGCUUCAGCAAGUCCCGCCCUCUGCACACCGAGCUAACGGCUCGCUGGAAGCUGACCUGCCCAUCAUUAGGAGGAGGCGGGGCCGUAGGAAAAAUGUGGAGGGCCUAGAGCUGCUGUUUAUGGCCAACAAGAGAGCGGGAGGGGAGGAUGCUGAUGGGACAAAGGUUUCUGGUGUAGAGGGGGUUCAUGAGGCCACCCAUUCCCACAGACCCCUCAGUGUCCCCGAGCAGAGCCCCAACGCCAGGUCUCUGACCUCUGGCAGCCUGGAGGAGGAGGAGGCUGCUGUUUCCAGCAAAGAUCUGGGAGAGUGGCUGAGGCAGCACCCGACCUACACCAUGGACAUGCCUGGAUACACACCAAAGAGCGAGGAGUUGCUGCUCUCUCAGUUCUCCAAACCCAAACAAAAGCGUCAUCGCUGUCGAAACCCAAACAAGAUCGACAUAAACACCCUGACUGGGGAGGAGAGGGUGCCUGUGGUCAACAGACGAAAUGGACGAAAGAUGGGCGGUGCCAUGGCUCCUCCAAUGAAGGAGCUUCCCAGGUGGUUACUGGAGAACCCAGAGUUCUCCAUUGCUCCUGACUGGACUGACAUAGUCAAACAGUCUGGGUUCCUCCCAGAAGCCAUGUUUGACCGCCUUCUGACAGGUCCUGUAGUCAGAGAAGAGGGCGUGCGUCGUCGGGGGCGGCGGCCUAAAUCUGAGAUCGUAAAAGCAGCUGCAGCCGCUCAGGCAGCCGCCGCUGCCCAGGCUGCACAGGCGUCUCUGGCCACAACUGCUUCCACUGCAGGAGGCAUCAAUCCUCUGCUGCUGAACAGUCUGUUUGGAGGGAUGGACUUGUCUUCUCUCCAGAGCCUCCAGUCUCUGCAGUUGGCCGCUGGUCUGAUGGCCUUCCCUCCUGCUGACCCCAAGCAGGCUGCCUCCAUGCUGCCCCUUAUGCUGCCUGGUAUGGGAGGCCUGCCUAACAUGGCUGCCGCCCUCCCCAACAUGUUCAGCCUUGGAGGGCUCUUUGGCAGUAACCUGGCCGCGGCCGCUGCUGCCUCUACAGCGUCCAACUCCGUCUCCACUGCUGCAGUCAACACCAACGGCAUGGCAGGAGGAGAGGGAGGUAACGGUGAGGUGAGGACAAAGAGAAAGAGAGAGGAGGAGGAGGAAGACAAGGAAGAGGGAGAAGACUUUGACGACGGGGGAGAGGAGGACGAGGGGGGAGAGGGGAAUGAGGAGGGAGUGAAGAAGGCCAAGAAGAGGGAGGGGGAGGAAGGUUCAGAGAAACUGGAAAAACCUGCCAGUGAUGUCACAGCUGCUUCUAAGAUAUCAGCUACUGAUCUGUCAGCAGAGGUGUCCAUCAACGGGGACACCGCCUCCCUGCUGGCUGCAGCGGGCAUGUCCGCCAACUCCCUGGCAUUUAACCCAUUCCUCCUCUCCACCAUGGCCCCUGGCCUCCUCUACCCCUCCAUGUUCCUCCCCCCAGGCCUCGGAGGACUCAGCCUGCCAGGAUUUGCCACAGCCUCCACCCUUGCUGAGCUGCAGAGUGCCAUGGCUGGAGCGAUGGGGGACAGCGCCUCCACCCCGAAUCCUCUGAGAGACAAGGAUGAGGACAAGAAGGACAGCAUGAAAUCUGCAGGAGAGGAGGAGUGUGAAGGAAGGGACUUGGCUGAGAAAGGGGGAGAGACUGGAGGAGAGGCUGAUCCUCCAGCUCUAGAGGAAGGAGGUGUGGAGGAGGAGGCAGUAGCAGCAGUGUCUCCUCAGAAGGGAACAAGUGACUGAAGUAAAGCCCCAAACGGACCAGCCUUGAACAUUUCCUCCCUCUGACCUCCCCUCAGCACGUUUACACGCCUCCUACAGAAAUAUCCAAACUAUUAUUCUUUAGGUUUUGUUUUCCUUUUGACGAUGAGUUAUCAUUCUCUUUGUUGUUUAUUGUUUGGCCAGGUGUUUUUACGACGCGUCAGAGAGGACCAGGUGUGUUUGUGUUAAGUUAAAUCUCUCUGAUUGAUAGUGUAGUCAGGGAAACCCGUCAGCUGCUCGCUCAGAGCUCGGCUCUUCUUCAAAGACUGUUCCUUUCUCCGGUUGGCCCGUGUGGGCUGUGAACUGUGUGCCCACUCUUCUCUUCUCCACAAUCCCUCAAAAUAGGACUUCACAUGUUUCCGAUAGUGCUAUUAUUAUUAUUAUUAAUAUUAUUAUUAUUGCUGCUUUCAGCUCUCGGGUCGUUUCAUUAGCCUCCUUCUUUGUCUGGACUGUUCCGUUGUUGGCAGCGUCUCAUCAAACGGAGGAGAAACGCCGUCGCCGGUGCUUCUUUCCACCAUCAGUUCUCAAAAGUGUAACAGCAUUACAGCUAACCCGGCUGUCUGUCUGAAGAAGCUGCUGCAAAAGGAAUUGUGGGUAAUGGAGUUGAUAGAGCUGCUCUUUUUCAGAGCACAUUUGUUUUUGUUUGUUUUUUGUUUUAAGUUCUCACAUAUCAGACCAGGUAGGCUGAUGAGGAACACAAACCGGACUGACACACACACACACACACACACACAUCCCAGCACAUGAUUGUGAGCAACACACACACACAUUCAGGUGUCUACCACUACUCACACACUAAACCCCUUUCUAAGGUCAUGUGACUGUUCCCAUUUGAGUGUAUGUGUGUGUGCACGCUGAGUCCUUACUGUUAACCCAGUCCCACACUGAAUACCAGUCCGGUCUUUUCUACUGCCACGUUUGAGUCACUCGCCUCUCGAGGCGGCUGGUUUUCGGUUAAACGGAGUUCCAGGCGGGCUGGGUCCGCCGCCAGUCAGGCCUUCUGAUUGGUUUGUUUCACGCCGCCGAAACCGGCCGCGCUUGUUCAGGGGCCUCUGAAUGAAUCUGGAAUGGAGGUCCACACAGGGAUGUGAUGCUUCAGGUUAAUACUUUAAAGGCGGCACAUAAGAUUUAUAUAUUUGUUAUUUUAUUCCCCAGACGUUGCCACAGUCGGAUCUUUUUCGUAUUCCCUUCACAUCCCGGUAGUGCUGCUCCCCAGUGACCUUCUCUUUAAAGACUUUUGCUCUAGUCACACACACUGACACCAGGCCUGGCACCAAACAGGACUGAGACACGCUUUCUACUGAGUUGGACGCAAAUUCCACAUGAAGUCCGAUUCUGCUCGCUGAGUCAGUUUUAGAUACUUGAAAAGAGCGAGCGGUGCUUGAUUUGUUUUCCCUAAGGCCAGUUUCAGAAUCAAGUGCUACAAGUGGUUCAGAUUGUUGAAAGUACAUUCAAAGACACACACACACACGCUGUGGCCGGGUCUUCUUAGCGUUUCGACAUCCCAGCCGUCAGACGCAGGAAGAGGAGUGUGUCGGAGGACAGGAGGUGGAUUCUGGUUCCCUGGAGACAAGUUCCCAAUCUCCUCCAACGCUGAGACAGCAAUAACCGAGGCAGCUCUUGAAUGUUCCAGCAUCACUCUCCUGAAACACACGCACACACACACGAAUAACCACAAGUGUCGUAUAAAUAGAAAUCUAAACCAUAAAUGACGGCAAAUGCGUACUGCAAUUAGUUUUGUCUGACUCUGUUCCUGUUGAUGCACUGGUGUUAAAGAGUAAAUAAUCAGGUACCUUUAUUAGCUACUUUUCUUGAGAAAAGGACAUUUUGUUACUUUUAGCCAGCAAGCUGAAGAGCAUUACCUCAAAAUUCUUAUCUAGCCUUGAAGUUUACAGACAUACCAUGUAAAUGUUUUUGUUUUCCUUUUUUGUUUUUCUUUUCUUUUGGUUUGUGUAUUUGUUUGUUUGAGACAUCAUGUAUGAUGAAUUGUAGCUAUGAUGCUUUUAAUAAAAGUGAAUCAUGAUAUUCGCCUAGGAAACCAA